GGGGCGAAGCUUCGCCAGACCGCCUCGUCCUCCGAUCGCUGAGAUCCGGCCGCGGCGAUGAUCGCUACCGCCAGAUCCCUCGCUCUCGCCGCCGCCGUCCUCCUCGCCGCUGCAACCGCGGCGUCCGCCUCCGAGUCCGACCACAAGUAUCAAGUUGAUGAUCCUGUAACUCUCUGGGUAAACAAGGUUGGGCCAUAUAAUAAUCCUCAAGAGACAUAUAAUUAUUACAGCCUUCCAUUUUGCCAGCCAUCAGGGAAUCCUGCCCAUAAGUGGGGAGGACUCGGCGAGGUUCUGGGUGGUAAUGAACUCAUUGACAGCCAGAUUGAGAUAAAGUUUCAACGAAAUGUUGACAAGCACUUUAUUUGUCGGCUUGAACUUGAUGCUGCGAAGGUAAAGCAGUUCAAGGAUGCAAUACAGAGCUCGUAUUGGUUUGAAUUCUUCAUGGAUGAUUUGCCUCUGUGGGGCUAUGUUGGGGAGAUUGACAAAAAGAAUGAAAAUAAGCUCUAUCUUUUUACUCACAGCAAUAUUCUUGUACAAUACAAUGGUGAGCGGAUUAUUCAUGUCAAUCUUACCCAAGAGUCUCCUAAACUUGUGGAAGUUGGGAAAACUUUGGACAUGACAUUCUCAGUCAAAUGGAUGCAGACUGAUGUAACAUUUGCACGCCGUUUUGAUGUUUACUUGGACCAUCCUUUCUUUGAGCACCAGAUUCACUGGUUUUCCAUUUUCAAUUCUUUUAUGAUGGUUAUUUUCCUCACCGGCCUUGUAUCAAUGAUUUUGAUGCGAACUCUUAGAAAAGACUAUGCAAAAUAUGCUCAUGAAGAUGAUGAUCUGGAGAGUCUGGAGAGAGAUGUGAAUGAAGAAUCUGGAUGGAAGCUUGUUCAUGGUGAUGUCUUCCGCCCCCCUCGCAAUUUAGUUCUUCUUUCAGCUGUUGUUGGUACUGGUGCUCAGCUGGCAUUGCUUGUUCUCUUGGUAAUUUUGUUGGCCAUCAUUGGAAUGCUGUACAUAGGGCGUGGAGCUAUUGUCACGACGUUCAUAGUUUGCUAUGCUCUUACUUCAUUCAUUUCAGGCUAUGUGAGUGGAGGACUCUACUCCCGGAGUGGAGGUAAAAACUGGAUAAAGUCAAUGAUUCUCACAGCAUCAUUGUUCCCUUUUAUGUGCUUUGGAAUUGGCAUCAUACUCAACACAAUUGCUAUCUUCUACCGGUCACUAGCGGCUAUCCCCUUUGGAACAAUGGUGGUUGUGUUCAUAAUUUGGGCCUUUAUCUCCUUUCCUCUGGCACUUUUAGGUACUGUUGUUGGUAGAAACUGGAGUGGUUCUCCAAACAAUCCAUGCCGUGUGAAGACCAUUCCUCGCCCCAUCCCUGAAAAGAAAUGGUAUCUCACACCCACUGUUGUCUCACUCAUGGGUGGUCUGCUUCCUUUCGGUAGCAUAUUCAUUGAGAUGUACUUUGUCUUCACUUCCUUCUGGAAUUACAAGGUGUACUAUGUCUAUGGUUUCAUGUUACUGGUUUUCCUGAUCCUUAUUAUUGUCACCGUAUGUGUCACAAUAGUGGGCACAUAUUUCUUGCUGAAUGCUGAGAACUAUCAUUGGCAGUGGACUUCGUUCUUCUCAGCUGCUUCCACAGCUGUUUACGUAUAUCUCUACUCUGUGUAUUACUAUCAUGUUAAGACCAAGAUGUCAGGCUUUUUCCAGACCAGCUUCUAUUUUGGCUACACCCUGAUGUUCUGUUUGGGCUUAGGAAUACUAUGUGGUGCCGUGGGGUAUCUUGGCUCCAACAUGUUUGUCAGAAGGAUCUACAGAAACAUCAAAUGUGAUUAGCAAAACCCUGGAUCUGGAGACUUAGGAUUGCAUGCUGGAAGUCAUCGUGGAUGAAGCAGCCUCUUUGGCAAAACGUGGAUUGCUGAUAGAAAUUGAUGAUGCGUUGAAAAUUUCAUGGAAGGGUCCUACGUUUGUUUUCUUUGAAUUUUUCCUCUUGUUAUCCAUCUAAUUUCUGGACAUGUCACGCUCUUCAAUUUUUAUUCUACUGGCUGUUGGUGACAGCCAUCAUAUACUUAUUUUAGUACAGGUGUAGCGUUAUAAUCUUGUAGAAAUUACACUCAAGCGUGAUAGUCUAUACUUUUGUUUUGGGGGAUUUGGUUUCAAGCUGGGCCAUGUCACCCUCAAAAAAUAAAUAUACAUGCACUUAUAAUGCAGCU